GAAGCCGGCGCCGCGUCGGUCUCCCCGGCGCCCGCGGUUGCCCUGACGACCGCGGGAGCGUGGGCCGCGCGGCGCCGGGUGUGCGGGGUCCGGCGGGGCGGCAGCGGUGCGCCGUGAGCAUGAGGAGCCGGUGUCUGUGUCAGAUCUGCACCUGCGGGCGACAUCACUGUCCACGUGGAGCCACAAGGAUUUAUGAAAAUUCUGGCAUAUCUUGCCCCACCACUGAAUAUUUGGAAAAAUACCCUAUGUAUGGCAAUGUUCCUCCACCUCAGAGUCUUAAACCCAAGCAAGAAUUCCGAGCAGGCCGUGGUAAAGUGGAAGGAAUAACAACUUUUAAAUCGGAUUAUCGUCCUUAUGAGAUAGUCAAACAGCCUCGCCACGUGCCAGAAGAAUACAAACCAAAGCAGGGGGAGAUUGAUCUUGGCACCACCUACAAACGGGACUUUAAUUCUUACGAAGUGCAGCCUGUGGCCAUAGUCCGGCCUCUGGAGAGACAACGAGUUAAACAAGGAAAGGUGGACACUGUCCCAACCUAUAAAGAUGAUUAUAGAGCUUGGGACAUUCAGAAAAUUGACCCUUAUAAACCAGAACAAGCUUACCACCCCCCCACCGUGAAAUUUGGAAAUUCAACCACAUUUCAGGAUGACUAUGCUCCUCAGGAGAUAAAGCCCAGGCAAAGCUUUAAACCCAGCCCCGUGGUCAAACGUUCUACAGUCCCUUUUAAUGGUGAUACAAGUCAUCGCCUUGACUACGUACCUUAUCAGCUAGAACUCAAGUUUGCAAGGCCUAAAGAAGUGUACAAGCCAACCAGUCAACCCUUUGAGGAUCUCACAACUCACCGAUAUGACUUUCAGGGUCUUCCUGGCGAAACUGCGAAAAUCUGCAGACCUCCAUACACCAGAGUGACCCAAAAUGCUCAUUUUGAAGGCAGCACGGAAUUCCGCGAAAGCUUCCAACCAUGGGAAAUCCCACCACCCGAAGUCAAGAAACCACAGGAGUAUGUCCCGCCUGCAGGUACCAUGCAGCUAAACAGCACAAGCCAUCUCGACUAUGUUCCCUAUCAGACCAAACGUGUUAGUCCCAUCAGGCCAGUUUCUCAGAGAAAAUUUAACAAUGUCCCUUUUCAAGGAAAAAGCACCACAAAGGAAGAUUUUCCAGCCUGGGAAUGCUGUCGUCAAGGUCUUAUUAAGCAGCAGCAGCAGAUUUCCAACCCAUCUGGAAGAUUCGAUGGUUGGAGCACUUUCAGGUCUCACUAUGUGCCCCACGAGCUGAUUCGGACCGAGAGCUGCAAACCCGCGCAUGCUCUGUUUCAGAGUUCUGCUCCGUUCGAUGACACCACCAUGUACUCUACAGAAUACACACCGAAGAAACAGGAAGUCUGCCCUGCUAGUUAUCCUUCUCCUCCAGGCUAUAUCUUUGAAAAUACAAAUUCUGAAGGUCAUAAAUUCUUCCGCAAGGUCACGCCCAUAGUGGAGGCCUUCUAAUCAUCAAAUCAUGUUUAAAAGGAAGCUAACAGAUACUGGUUUUCUAAGUAGGAAAAGCCAGAGUUGUUUUUUUUUUUUUUUUUUUUUUAGAGGGGAGGGGAAGAGAAAGAGAGAGAAUCUUAUGCAGGCUCCAAGCCCAGCACAGAGCCGACAUGGGGCUCGAUCUCACAAUCCUGAGAUCAUGACCUGAGCUGAAAUUGAGAAUUGGAUGCUUGACCGACGGGGCCACCUACACGACCCAAAGCCAAUUUUAUAUAGUCAAAAUAAUUUAUGGGAGAGCUAAAACAAAUCAUUUUUAAAUCUUUCAAAAUGAAUUUGCAAAAUUAUAAGAAAUAAGAACCUUAAAAUCCAUUUUGUAUUGCUCUUUUACCAAGAUUGUCCUUUAAUACGCUAUUCUGAAUGUUGAAUCAUGGACAUUCCCAACUGAACUACUUUAAUCCCCAACCUACUAUUUGGUUGCUUGCCUCUGUCUAUUAUCAUGUUCCCAUACAUUUUUAAUUAUGGUGACUACCACAGUUACUCACAUACAGUUUUCAUGUAUUAAGGACAUCAGGACUGUCUGGCCCACCUCUGAAAAUGAUGCACGGAUUCCUCAUCCAAGACAGUGGUCUUCAUGUCCUCAGACUUCAGGGCAUCUACACAGUCCACUAUGGUUGGUGGUGCUAGGGAGGUCACACUGCCCCUCACCAUGUUCAAGUUCAUAAGAGGAACUGUGGUGCAACCAGCAAGGGGUCUGUGGGCUGGAAGUCAAGGCUCUGAGUUGGGGUCCCGAUGACAUCACCCUGGCCAAUGACUCAUGUUUUUGAGCCCCAGUAUCUCCACUCUUAAAAGGACAUCUGCUCUGCUUAGUUCACAAAUACUGCGUUUUGAGCAUCAGAUCGUACGAUUCAUUGUAACCCAAAAGCAAAAGUGCUAAGGAAAUGUCAGGCAUUCACACUAAGUCCCUUAAUCUCGUUUUGUACCUGUUUUCUCCAUUUUCAGAGUAAGGUAACUAACCUACUCACUACUCAUUUUCUGGCCUGAGGCAAGGAUUGUAAAACGACCGAAUUUGCUCUGAGCUUAGGAGUAGUUUGAUUCCGGAAGAGUCUUGUCCUCUCCAGCCCUACAAGCACCGGAGAACUCAUUCCAGAGAAUGGAGCACUUGGAUGCGGAGAAGAACAUGGUUUGAAAGACAGUACUUAUGGGAAGGAAAAAGGUAUUUGUUAGAGUAGUUUUAGAAAUGACCGACAGCAGUGAAGAAUCUUCUGGAUAACCUUGGGUAAGGACGUACCUAAUGGCCAUGUCCCGAGUCAGGGUUCAGAAGCAGGGGCAGGCUCCGGGUGGGGCAAAGUUACGUCCUUCUUCUCCAGUGUGAGCUAAGUGCUAAGAAGGGAGGGGAGAAAUGAUCCCAGUAAGUGAGCCAGGAAGAACAGGCUGCAUUUAUGAACGCUGAGAAUGUCCUAAUGAAUCACAUUCCUAUUGUUUCUUUUUCUUUGAUAAAUGAUUGUAUUAUGAAAGAGAGUAUGAUUUAGUGUAGCACAAAGUUUAAUCUUCUGUAGCUUUAAAGUUGUCUCAAACAACAUGCUCACUUGAGAAUAAGUGCACCAAUAUUUGGCUAAAACAUUUUUAAUAUUUGAAAGUAGCUUCUUUUUAUUUACAUUUGUAUCUAUUAGUGAAAUUGUGAUAUGUAUAAUUCUUUAUCUAGGCAACAUUAAUAAAGCAUCAAUAAAAUGAAUGAAUUUUCAUGAAA